CGGGAGUCGUGGGUCUCCGUCACCUCGCGGGUCUUGGGCUCUCUCACAUGGUGAAGUUUGGGUUCGUGCCUGAACUCGGCGAUCAGGGAGACCCGGGACUGGCUCCGGGGGGCCGAGGGGGGCUCUGAGGAGUUCCGGGCAGUGACAUUCCAUUGUAUUGGAAUGGACAAUGUGGUUGGGGACCCCGGCAAUGUGAGGGUGGGGGAGGCGCGAGAGGAAGAGGCGUCGAGCUGUGUCUCUGACAUUGGGAGACCCGGGAGAGCUGGAUUGCGGGAGAACCCCUGGGGCGUGGGGGCCCGGGAGAGGGCCUGGAGGGGCGCGAAAGCUGCGAAGGGGCUGGGUGACAUAUGUUUGCGGUGGUGGCCAAGACUAAGCUAUUUCUCUUCCACGCGUUCAAAGUUACUGUUGGGUUUCCUCCCCUUUUAACAACAGCAGGAAGUAAGGGAUCUUUUUUGCCUUCUGUAUCUUGGGGAGACUAAGAGUUGGGAAGAAAUUGGAGCGGGGGGUCAGCGAAGGCCAUAAAGGUUGAAGAACAGAAGCAUGCUUCUCCAUCUCGGCUUCUGAAACCCCGGUUCAUUAUGUAGAGUGGGGUUCGGUUCAAGAGUUCAUCUUUGCUCCAUCAUGACCAAGAGAAUCUAAAAUGUUGACUCUUACUAGAUAUUUAAGCUCGCGGGAAAUGUGUAGUAGUGCCACACUUUGAAAUGGUCCAUUUGAAUGAUAACUGGAAGGCGUGGUCUGCUUUGGACGAUUCGGGAGCGGGGUGUUUUAAAGCCACCUCUGCCGAACAAUGCAGAAUCUGGUAGGUGCAGCUUCUGAUUACAAGGACCAGGGAAUCCUGGGUUGCUAAUGACUUCAUCCUCAGCUACCAACAGGAAGCUUCGUGGCUUUAUGAUCUCAUCAGAUUUCUUCACUAUUGUCACAACAGAAGUGAACUUUUUUUUACUUUAUAUAUUACACUGUUCUAGAUUAUCUUCUUUGUUUUUAUCAAAGUUCCACGUUCGUGAUUUGGAAAAUAAUGUGUGAAGAGUAGCUGGUCUUUUGUCUUAAAUACUACCUCGGGAUUAUUCUGAGAGAAUGAGAAAAAUUUGGUUCAAGAAAAGGGAAAUAAGCUUUCUUAGAAAAUUUUAGGUCCUUUGUUUAAAAGAGCUGGGAUUUAAAAAAUAAUGUGAUGUGCCAAUUUGGAGCUAAAUAAUUGAAACUUUUCAGAAAUAGUCAUAACUUUGUAUUAUAUACAAUUAAGACAUUUCAAGGAGUUUUAUGAAAAAUGUUUGGCACUUUUCCCAUUGAUUUUUUUGAUGCUAAUUUUACUAUCGUUUUUCAAGUGGCUUUUGCAUUGAGUACGAUAAUUUACAAAUUAAAAUUACUUUCUCUUCAGUAAACAGUAAUGAUAGGUAUUUGUGUAUCAUUUUUUAUGUUUUAAAUUAAAAGUAUUAGGUAAAUGGAACAAUUUCUACCUAGUUAUUUCUGUUAUUUCUUUUAGCAGAAUACUUCUGAGGCAAGAAACUAAAAUCUACUUGUCAUAUUUUCCAAAUGUUAUUUAUCACAGUAACAAAGAAUGACUUCCCAAACACAUUUGCAAACAUUUAAGCUAUGAAGAAGGACAUCCCUCACACUCUGAAACAGAUCUCCUUCAGAGACAGACUUUUGCAGCCUCCCAUCAGCUUCCUGGAUAUGCUGCCACACCUCAGCCAACUGGUCUUUCUGGAAUAUUUGAUACUAGUGUGAACAGUGCCAGCACUAACACUAAAGAAUCUUCAGUGAUGAAUUUUCUCUCUGCUGUUGAAUCCCGAACUGCUCAGGCUGCUUCUUCAGGAACUACUCUUUUACCACAAUUCAGGGCUCCAUCCUGGCAGACAGGUAUGCAUUCCUCAGCAGCAACUGAGCUGUUUGUUACUGGACCUUUGCCAACCACUGGAACACUUCCACCCUCUGCCCUCUCUGCUUAUCAGCAUCCCACCACCUUCAGCAAUAGAAACUUUGCUACCACCUCACCUUUGGUGCUUCAGGAUUCGUCUUUUAACACUACAUCAAAUGGAAUUUUAAAUCCUCAUGACCCUCUGCUACAAAUCAAGACUUCCCAGGGAACUGUUCCAACUGCUUUGGCAUUUGAGCGCCUAAGCAGUUCUGCGUUAAGUAACAGCAUACCACCUCAGUCUUCAACGUAUCGCUCAGCGCAAGAGUCUGCACCCCAUCUUUUACAACCUCAAUUUAGUUUGUUGCCUUCAGCACUUGGGGGAGCCCAGCAAACUCCUCAAGCCUACAGUUCAACUCUCUUUACUAGUUCUACUGCUUCCAUUGAAAGAGCUCUUCUUCGAGAAUGUAGUGUUAUUAAACACCAUCAGCGGCCUUCAGGUACCCAGUCUAUUCAGGCACAACUGACUGGUUCACAGCAUUCCUUACAUAGCUAUCUGUCAAAUGCAAGUGUGGUUAAUUUUCAGGAAACAAGUAGGCAGUCAUCUUUAUCCUGUAGCCCAGUUGGAGAUUCUACUCAGGUGAGCAAUGGAGGAUUACAACAGAAGACCUCCCAGGUGUCAGUGGAACUUGCUCAGUCUUACUCAUCUACAAUUCCAUCAUCAGGGUUUCCUCCAUCUGCUACAAAAGUAAAAAGCUGUUCUACAAAACAACCACUAGCAUCAACUAAGACCCCCAAACCUCAAAGUGUAAUUCCUCCUGUGCAAACAUUAAGCUAUUCCAAACCUUUACAUAACCAGAGUUCUGUAAUAUCGGGCCAAGCACAAAUUUAUUCUACAGCGCAGCUACCAAGCCUUUUAUCAGUUAGUCAGUCCCAAAAUUAUGGUUUAGUACAGCCACAUAAUGUGCCAUCUAUUGUUCAUUCACAGGUUUAUAGGUCCAACAAAGUUGAGAAGUUGCCAUCCUUAUAUAAAACAUUGACUUUUUCUGGAUCAUCUCAGACUAUAACUUCUGAAAAUCAGACACUUAAUUAUUCUUCUAAUCAACAAGAAGUAUUAUCUUCAGUUACAAAUGAGAAUUACCCUGCCCAAACAAGAGAUCUGUCUUCAGUUAGUCAGUCUCAAAGUUAUUCAUCUAGUCAUUCUCAGGGUUUACCACCAGUUAGCCAGACACAGGUUAGUUAUUCAUCUCAGUCACAGGUGUUAUCAGUUGUUAGUCCUUCAGAAAGCUAUGCUUCAGGGCAGUCUCUAACAUUAACAGCCCCUUCUCUUUCUUACUCUUCUGCCACUCGGGCUCAGAAUUUGCCAGAUUCUAGCCCAACCCAGAAUUAUAUUUCCAUGCAUUCUUCCCAGAAUGCUCAGACUCAAGGGUCAUCAUCUCCCCAGUCCCAAAAGUUUUUGCCUGCUGCCCAGUCAUCAUCUUUUGCAUCCUCUACUCACUGUCAGACAUUACAGAAUAACAUACCUUCCCCUGAUCCAAAGUCUUAUGCUGAAAGAAAACUUGACUCAACUGUGUAUACAUCUUCAAAGCAAGAAGAGGAUUUUCCAAUGCAAGAGUUACAGGUAUUGCAGCCACAAGUGUCUCUUGAGUCAUCAACCCAAAGGCUGUCAGAUGGAGAAAUUAAUGUUCAAGAAUCGGCUUAUAAGGUGUCAAAGGCAGAUGACAGGUAUUCUCAGAGUGUAAUUAGAAGUAACUCUCGUCUUGAAGAUCAGGUUGUUGGGAUUGCUCUACAAGGGUCAAAAAAAGAAGAAAGCAUGGUUGGUUCAGUGACACAGCUUACCCAACAAAUUGGCCAAGUCAGUGCAGCAACCCUUGAUAUUAAGAAGGCAACUAAUUUAAUGCAAACUCCACAAAUAAGGUUGAAUACUAAAGACCUCAACCCGCAGCAUUCUCUUAUACAUAAGGUACAUGAAGCCAAGGUCCAGGAGCAACAUGAUCAAAUAAUUAAUGCCUCAUCUCAGAUUCAAAUUCCAAAUCAUGCUUUAGGGCAUGGCCAUCAGGCAUCUCUUCCUAACACACAGGUCCUUUUAGAUUCUGCCUGUGAUUUACAAAUUCUUCAGCAGUCAAUACUGCAGGCAGGUUUAGGACAAGUAAAGGCAUCUUUACAAGUACAGCGUGUUCAAAGUCCUCAACAAAUAGUACAUCCUUUCCUUCAAAUGGAUGGUCAUAUUAUUCAGAGCAAUGGUGAUCAUUCUCAGCAGCAGCUCCAUCCUCAAACUUCUGAAAUUAUGAAAAUGGACCUCUCUGAGUCUUCAAAACCAUUACAACAACAUCUAACAGCUAAGGGCCAUUUUAGUGAAACAAGUCAACAUGAUUCAAAGAAUCAUUUUGUUUCUCUUGGAUCAAUGUGUUUCCCAGAGGCAAUGCUUCUCAGUGAUGAGAGAAAUAUUUUAUCAAAUGUAGAUGAUAUCUUAGCAGCUACAGCAGCAGCUUGUGGGGUUACUCCUUCUGAUUUUUCCAAGUCAACUUCAAAUGAAACCAUUCCGGCAGUUGAAGAUGGUGAUUCUAAAUCUCAUUUUCAGCAGUCAUUAGAUGUUGGGCAUGUGACUUCAGAUUUUAACUCUGUGACAACCGCAGUAGGAAAGCCACAGAAUAUAAAUGAUAUUUCCUUAAAUGGAAAUCAAGUUGCUGUAAACCUGUCACCAGUACCAACCCUCCAGUCAAAAAUGACUCUUGAUCAACAGCAUAUUGAAACUGGUCAAAAUAAAGCAUCUAAAGUAAUUUCACCUGUGGUUGGACCAAGUCAUGAUGUCCAGGAGCAAAGUUCUGGCUCAUUCAAGAAACAGUCUGCUACCAAUCACGAAUCUGAAGAAGAUAGCGAAGUUCCUAUGGAUAGUACAUUAAAUAAUAACAGAAGCCAAGAGUUUGUUUCUAGUAGAAGUAUAAGUGGAGAAAGUGCUACAUCAGAGAGUGAGCUCACCACUGAUGACAGCAGUGUGUCAGUGAACCCAACUAGAAGUACACUUGCACUGUUGGCCAUGGCCCAACCUGGGGAGGCCAUCGGUGUCAAGAUUGAAGAAGAAAAUCAAGACUUAAUGCAUUUUAACCUUCAGAAGAAAAAAACUGGAAAGGGGCAAACAAAAGAGGAAGACAACAGUAAUCAGAAACAGCUGAAAAGACCUGCCCAGGGCAAACGCCAGAAUCCAAGGGGAACAGAUGUGUAUCUGCCAUAUACUCCUCCUUCCUCAGAGAGCUGCCAUGAUGGUUAUCAGCAUCAAGAAAAAAUGAGACAGAAGAUCAAAGAAGUAGAGGAAAAACAGCCAGAAGUCAAAACAGGAUUUAUUGCCUCUUUCUUAGAUUUUCUGAAAUCUGGGCCCAAGCAGCAGUUUUCCACUCUUGCUGUACGAAUGCCUAACAGGACUAGACGACCAGGGACCCAGACUGUUCGUACAUUUUGUCCCCCACCACUUCCAAAGACUUCUUCGACAACACCCACACCUUCCGUGUCUGAAAUUGGGGGUAACAGUCCAUCAGAAAAAGUUGAUAAUGAACUUAAAAACUUGGAACAUUUAUCUUCAUUUUCUUCUGAUGAAGAAGAUCCUGGAGUAUGUGGUCAUGAUAUUUAUAAAAGCGCCUCUACUACCUUAACUACUUUGGAUGCUACUUCUGAUAAAAAGAAGAAAGCAGUUUCAGAAGCCCUACGGGUGGCAACUACUAGCCCAACUGCCAAUACUACUGGUACUGCUACCUCUACCACUGUGGGUGCAGUUAAACAAGAACCUCCCUGCUCUACUUCAUCUGCAAUAAAUAUCCUGGAAAAUAUAAACUCUACAGAACCCCCAAAGCCCUGCGAACUUGAUGGGCUUCCUUCAGACCAGUUUGCAAAAGGACAGGACACUGUUGCCAUAGAAGGUUUUACAGAUGAGGAGAACACAGAAAGUGGAGGAGAAGGCCAAUACAGAGAGCGUGAUGAAUUUGUGGUAAAGAUAGAAGACAUAGAGACUUUUAAGGAGGCUUUAAAAACAGGAAAAGAACCCCCAGCUAUUUGGAAAGUACAAAAAGCUUUAUUACAGAAGUUUGUUCCUGAAAUUCGAGAUGGACAAAGAGAAUUUGCUGCUACAAAUAGUUACCUUGGAUAUUUUGGAGAUGCAAAGAGUAAAUACAAAAAGAUCUACGUGAAGUUCAUUGAAAACACAAACAAAAAGGAAUAUGUCAGAGUGUGUUCCAAAAAGCCAAGAAGUAAGCCUUCACAAACUAUGAGAACUGUUCAGGCUAAACCAAGUAGUAGCAGUAAAACUUCUGAUCCUCCAACACCAAAAACUACAACUACAAAAGCCCCUUCAGUGAAACCCAAAGUUAAACAGCUGAAAGUAAAGGCUGAGCCACCACCAAAGAAGCGGAAGAAAUGGAAAGAAGAGUUUUCAUCAUCCCAAUCUGACUCCAGUCCUGAGAUCCAUUCUACUAGUAGUGAUGAUGAGGAAUUUGAUCCUCCAGCUCCCUUUGUCACUCGUUUUUUGAACACAAGAGCAAUGAAGGAAACCUUUAAGAGCUACAUGGAAUUGCUUGUUAGCAUCGCUUUGGACCCUGACACAAUGCAAGCCUUAGAGAAGAGCAAUGAUGAGCUCCUUUUGCCUCAUAUGAAAAAAAUAGAUAGUAUGCUGAAUGAUAACCGAAAGAGACUUCUUUUGAAUCUUCAUUUGGAUCAGCCAUUCAAGAAUGCUUUGGAAAGUUUUCCUGAACUAACAAUAAUUACCCGUGACUCUAAAGCAAAAAGUGGGGGUUCUGCUAUUUCUAAAAUCAAAAUGAAUGGCAAAGCUUAUAAUAAGAAAACUCUAAGGACUUCUAAAACAACCACCAAAUCUGCACAAGAGUUUGCUGUUGAUCCAGAGAAAAUACAGCUGUAUUCUUUGUAUCAUUCACUCCAUCAUUACAAAUAUCAUGUUUAUCUGAUAUGUAAAGAUGAGAUUUCUUCUGUGCAGAAAAGAAAUGAAGACUUAGGACAGGAAGAAAUUGUUCAACUUUGUAUGAAAAAUGUAAAAUGGGUAGAAGACCUGUUUGAAAAAUUUGGAGAACUUCUAAAUCAUGUACAGCAGAAAUGUUCCUAACAUUUCCACAAAAAUUCCGUCUAUUUUAUAGCACUAAUGAACUGGCAGAGGCGGGUGGUCGAAGGGGGUGCAGAGCCUCAGAUAAUUGAAUGUCAGGCAGUGGUCUCCUGCGGGCACACCUGCUUUGACCAUAGAACUUGCAUCAUGACCUCUGCUGAAGGACAGCGGUGCUGCCCAGGAAGUCAGUCCUUUGGAAAUGGACCUAAAACCCUACCACGUUUUUAUCCUAAUGAAUGACUUUUCUAUUUUGUAAACCAUUGGGUAACUGAGUUUUAUUUUCAGAAAUGUUUUUUGACAAAUGAUGAAGCAUGCACUAAAUAUAAUUUUUCUUUAUGGCUAGAGAAAUAACACUUACGUAACUUGAUUAUUUUUUCCUGACUCUGACUAAAUACCAGAAUGAAAGAGAGGUGGCACAGAAAGCAUAUGUUUAUAUUCAUGUCUGGCCACAAAAUGGAAAGUAUUGUACAUUAUGUAAACAGAUCUGGUGUGAUGUGACAUUUUGUAUGAGAAUAUCCUCAAUUUAAAAUAUGAAAUUCAGAAACUGCAUUCUGCUUUACGAACUUCUUUUACUCUUAACAUGUUCAGGAAACUGGAUGUGGAAUUGGUGCAAUUCUAGGACUGCUUUUUGUGUCAAAUUAUAUUGUAAUGAGAAAAACAAUGACAUACUAUUUUCCCUAUCUCGAAGAAUAUUUUCGUUUAUACUGUUUUUCCUUUGGAAAAAUUUUCAAUUGUACAUUUUAUUUCACUAAUAGUUGUAUUUUUCACAAGGAAAAUGUUGUGGUUAUAAUUAAGUUUGAUGUAUCUGUACUACACUUUCCAUUAUUUUCAGUAAAUCUUAUUUAGUUAUAUAUGGAAUUUCUAUUGUGAAUUCUAUCUUGAGGUAACCAUUUUUGUUUAUACAGAUUUGCUUCAGUGUUAUCCACAAUAUGCAUUCAGUACUAGAAUUAGUUUAGCUUUAUAAAUGGAGUUGUGUUAGACACUGCAGUAAUUUUCUAAUUCAUGAAAGUAAAUUUCUUACUAAACUAGUAUUUGAUAAACUGAUUUGUCAAAUCAAAAUUCACCACGUUAUACGUUUGGAAGAAUGAAAUUUAUGAUUAGGCUACAUGCAGUGUUAAACACAGCUUACCUAACUCUUAGAACUGCAAGUGGUAGAACUCUCCUUUGGUGCCUUUCCAACCUUUAUACAUGCUGUUGUAGCUUUCUUUAGUUUGAUAGCUAGUGUUUCAAGUAGUAUAGCUGAGACAGUGAAUGUAUUAGGUUCAACAUGACCUUUUGUUUUAUUUGUGUUUGCCAACAGGAUGCCUUAUUUGUUUGAGAAAAAGAUUUACUAGUGUCCUUCUAAAUGAUCUCCUUUUUUAGGAUUCUAAAGAAGUUGUUAAUCAUCAUACUUUUUGUUUAUUUUACCACCGUUUAGUGCCUUAAGCCCUAUCAAGAAAGCAGUGUUACUGUUCAAUGCCCAAAUAAGACAUGCUUAUGUGGACAUUGCUGUUGUCUUGAUUUUGAGUUAACAGGCCAACUUCUUAUACUUAAAACCUUGCUAAAUUGGCAAAGAAUUAAAGAUAACAUGUGACUUGAUUUGAGAGUAAAACAUUGUAGCAUUGGGUAGAAAAUGAGUGAGUUAAGCUUACAUAUUUAUUUUUGAUGGUUAUCUUAUUAAAAGCAAUAAUUCUUAAUCCAACAAUCCCUGCCAUUAGAUGAGAUAAUAAUAGAAGUUUCUCUCAAGGGUUAAAUGUUCCACUUCUGAAAGUUUCUAAAAAGACCUGUUUAAACAGUUGAUUUUGAAAACAAAAGUAACCUAUUAGAUUCAUUUUGCCUAACUCAAAUGAGAGACUUACCAGUGAGAGCAUCAUAAAAUUAAUUUCACCAGGUGGAGAAGAGUAGGAAGCAGCCAUAUUUCUUUCUGAUAUUGACUCUGGACAGAAUUGGUUUCUUUCGUUUCCAAAGUGCAGAGUAGAUAACUACAUCUCCUAAUGUAGUGUUCUAAGUACAUAAGUACAUGUCUUUCCUCCCUCAGUUUAACUUUCCUGACUCAUUGAUGGUUGAGAUGCCAUCAUGCAUUUAGGUAACACUUGAAGUACAUGUUUGAAAUCACGAGCCACAUUUCCUUGUUAAGGCCCAUGGAAAACAGGUACAUUUCCUUAAAGUUAAUCUUAUGUUUCCUAUAGAAAAUAACCCAUUUCCUCUUCAACUGCAGUUGUCCUCAAAAUGUUUGCAGUUGUAUUCAUUUUAGUAAAAUAAGUGUUUUCAUAAUGCCAGAGGCCAAGUCUGUGAUAACUGCCUGAAGGAGACCCAGUUGUUUGGCACUGUCUUCUCUCAUUUGAUCAUUAAUAUAGGCAAGGGCCUCAAACUCGGGCCUUCGCAAAAAGUGUGACUAUUAUUAUGAUAACCAUUCAUGAGUCCUUUCUUUGUAUGAAGUUGAAUAAAUACCUAGCUGAUUAGCAUUCACAUUCCUUGCCAUGGAGUUUGAAAUUUGUAGUAUAGAAAUAAUUUUAGGUUGUAGAUAGAAUUAAAGAGGUAAAGCACACAUUGCCACAACCCAAUGAUAAACAUUUUUAAGAAAGAUUGGAUUUUCCUUCCUGCAGAUAUAUCUGGAAAUAAUAUAAAAAAUCAGUUUGUGUUGGUGUUUAUUUGUAGUUCAGACUGGUGGUUGUAGAAGGAGCUUCCUUGUUCCCAUUUUCAUAAUAAUCCAGUUUCCACUUAUUUGAUCUCUAAUGAAGUCACAAACUUAUGAUGAUGUGAAUUUAUCAUAGUAAGUCAACAAUACAAACUGUCCACUCUUCUUUUACACUAUCAAAUAGAAAACAUUGGUGAGGUGCAAAAAUCUUAAUUUAGAACAGGAGACGUUCAGAUUAUCUUUAAGUUUCUAAAUUUCUUUAAGUUUCUAAAACUUGAAAAUGACAGGUGACUCAUACAUUAUUACUGGUUUCAAAGCUUUCCUCACAUUUUUUAAAGUCUCACUUUUCUUUUAAUAUAUAUAUUUAUUUUUGUUGAAACAGCUGUUUUCCAAUCUAUGAUUUUGAAGAUACACCAAUAAAAACCCAAUGUAGCAGCAGGGUUAUUAAAUCAGCUUUGGGUCCCAAAAGUUGCUUCAGAUGUGCAAGUUGUGAAUUUUAUUGUAUUUGUAGAAUACAGUUUUUGUUUUGAACUACAGUUUCAUCUGCUUCUCAAAAAUGAUUUUCAAACAGAGUGAACUGUCCCGGGAUAACUGCUUUUCUACCCAUGUCAGUUGCAUUUGACACGUAACUGCACAAAUGAACAAUGCACACUAUUGGUUGUGCAUUAACUUACAUGUACAACUUUUGGCAUCUAUGUUCACAAAUGCAUGUUUUCGAAAAUCACCUUUAUUUAUAAGUGACAAUGAUUGAAGUUAAGGAUACAAAGAAACCUGCAUUUGUAGCCCAGAGUUUUAAGUGGUCCAUAACACAAUGUAUGGAAAUGUGAAAGACAAUUUUGUAUAUUUGUUUGUUACUAACUCAGAUCAUUAAAAUGAAAACAAUUUUUUAAACAACAAAA